GAGGGAGGAGCUGGCGACGGAGCGCGAGAUCUCAUUGUGGCUCUCGCGGGAUUCCGAAGCCAAGCUUCCACGCGGAGACCGGGGGGCUUCAAACAAGGGCUGGGAGGGCAAGACCGUGCGGGAGGGAGACGCUUUUUGUUUUUAGCCUGCCCUACGGAAGCCUGCGAGGGAGGGGUGGUAUCCACUCCCCCAAUCCAGUGUCCUGAUGCCCAGCGCCAACGCCAGCCGUAAGGGUCAGGAGAAGCCGCGGGAGAUCGUGGACGCGGCGGAAGAUUAUGCUAAAGAAAGAUAUGGGAUAUCCUCUAUGAUACAAUCACAAGAAAAGCCAGAUAGAGUUUUGGUUCGAGUUAAGGACCUGACAGUACAGAAAGCUGAUGAUGUUGUCUGGGUCCGUGCAAGAGUUCAUACAAGCAGAGCAAAAGGGAAGCAGUGCUUCUUAGUCCUGAGGCAGCAGCAGUUUAAUGUCCAGGCUCUUGUGGCGGUGGGAGACCAUGCAAGCAAGCAGAUGGUUAAAUUCGCUGCCAACAUCAACAAAGAAAGUAUUAUUGACGUAGAAGGCGUCGUGAGAAAAGUAAAUCAGAAAAUUGGAAGCUGUACACAGCAGGAUGUUGAGUUGCACGUCCAGAAGAUUUAUGUGAUUAGCUUGGCUGAACCUCGUCUGCCCUUGCAGCUGGAUGAUGCCAUUCGACCUGAAGUGGAAGGAGAAGAGGAUGGAAGAGCUACUGUUAACCAGGAUACAAGAUUAGACAACAGAGUCAUUGACCUUAGGACAUCAACUAGUCAGGCCAUCUUCCGUCUCCAGUCUGGCAUCUGCCAUCUCUUCCGAGAAACUUUAAUUAACAAAGGUUUUGUUGAAAUCCAAACUCCUAAAAUUAUUUCAGCUGCCAGUGAAGGGGGAGCCAAUGUUUUUACUGUGUCCUAUUUUAAAAAUAAUGCCUACCUUGCUCAGUCUCCACAACUGUAUAAGCAGAUGUGCAUUUGUGCUGAUUUUGAGAAGGUUUUCUGCAUUGGACCGGUUUUCAGAGCCGAAGACUCCAAUACCCAUAGACAUCUGACUGAAUUUGUUGGUUUGGAUAUUGAAAUGGCCUUUAAUUAUCAUUACCAUGAAGUUGUAGAAGAGAUUGCUGAUACUUUGGUACAAAUAUUCAAAGGACUUCAAGAAAGGUUUCAGACCGAAAUUCAGACUGUGAAUAAGCAGUUCCCAUGUGAGCCGUUCAAAUUUUUGGAGCCAACUUUAAGACUGGAGUAUUGUGAGGCUUUGGCUAUGCUUAGAGAAGCAGGAGUUGAAAUGGACGAUGAGGAAGAUCUAAGUACACCAAAUGAAAAACUGUUGGGUCGUUUGGUGAAGGAAAAGUAUGAUACAGACUUUUAUGUUCUUGAUAAAUAUCCAUUGGCUGUAAGACCUUUCUAUACCAUGCCUGACCCAAGAAAUCCUAGACAGUCCAACUCUUACGAUAUGUUCAUGAGAGGGGAAGAAAUACUGUCUGGAGCACAAAGAAUACAUGAUCCUCAGUUGCUUACAGAGAGAGCUUUACACCAUGGAAUUGAUUUGGAGAAGAUCAAAGCUUACAUUGACUCCUUCCGCUUUGGAGCUCCCCCUCAUGCUGGCGGUGGCAUUGGGUUGGAGAGGGUAACGAUGCUGUUCUUAGGAUUGCAUAACGUCCGGCAGACCUCAAUGUUCCCUCGUGAUCCCAAACGACUCACGCCAUAAAGCCACCCUUUCAUUCUCUGCAGUAGCCUGCUGCUGAUUAGGUUAUACCUGAGAUACUUGAGAUAUGCAGCAGAAUUAAUGUCUUACUCAAGUGCCACAGUUAUUUUUUAAGUAGCUCAGUACAAAUUAAUUUAAGUAAAAACAUUUUAGAACUUCAGAUAUGCUUAAAUAGGAAAUACUUGAACAUUUUAAUGGUAAAUUUCUAUGGCUGAAAUUCAUAGUCUAUCUCUAUAGGAAAUGUUAAGGAAAAUUUAAAAGGUUUAAGAUUAUGUAAUUUUUUUUUCCUUUUCUAUAUUGUUGUGGCCACCAUACUAGUAUCCUAAAUUUUCAAUAUUUGAGCUUUUAACUCUUAACAUUGAAAAAAAAGAAUUAGAGAAAUUACCAAGAUUUUAACAUAUAUAGAAUUGGUUUGUCUUAAAAGUUACUUUUAAAAAUCAUUGUGAAGCUUUUGGAAACACUGGCUAGCAACAGUAACACUGAAACAUUGUCACCAAUUCUGGGGCUUAAAUUCAAUAAAAACCUAAAGCUAA